CAUGAUGAUGCCUCACUGAGUGAAUUACACUUUGACAUCUGGCAGAUAUUUAGCAAGCACAUUCACGAAGGUGCACCGGAGAAGAUCGAUCUUCCGCAAGAAGUUGUUGCUGAAUUCACCAGUGCUGUUGAAGGACACGAUUUUGAGCUCCUCGAUCGCUGCAUCGAAAAGGCUUUUCAAAUUGUGUACAGACGAAUGCAGUACGAUUAUGUGGUACCAUUUUGUCAGUCGGAGUGCUUCUUGGGUCAUCUCUGUGGUUCACCUCCUGUAUCCGUUGACGAAUUAAUUGCAUCUAAUGGACGCCCACAUUCCAAUCGCAUUCUGUUGCCAGCUGUUGAAUCCAACUUCUCAAUAACUCAGUUCCGGAAUCGAUUUUGGCGGAUGGUAAUGCCAGCAAGCAUGGAUGGUUCAGUUGAUUCGUCGUCGUUUGAUCAUUUGAGUGAUGCUGCCUCGCAAGGCUCCGCUAAUGGGCUUGUCGAUGUCGCAGACGAUAUCACCCAGGGUCAGACCAAUUCAAGUAACUCAUUUGAGGUGCCGUUGUUUGAUCCUGAACGUGAUAUCAGCAAAUGGAAUGUUACCAUCCCGCUGAUCGAACCGCGUCGCGAUCCUGUCAGCGGACACACAAUGUACGUGUAUAUAAUAUCAGUUGAGCGAUUCGAUGUGAAAGAAAACAAUGGACAGCAGCGUUGCGGCAGCACCACACAGACCAAAAUAGCACUGAAACGAUCCGAUAUGUUAUUUGCAUUUUUGACAAGCGAACAAGAGCUGAAGGACUCGACGCAAAUCUCGGAUCUUUAUCCAUGGAAUGUAAGUCGGCUGGAAAUACAGUAG